GUAUCUCAAGAUACAGGUAACUCGAGAUACCAAAUCGUUUUUCACCAUUAGAUCUAGCUGAGUAGAAUGUACGCUGUUAAAUCCAACAAUCAGAAAUGAUUUGAUAACAUGAGGUACUUUUUGUUGAACUAAAACAAAUCUUUUUGCAAAAAAAAGAAAAGCAUUUAAGUGUAUAGCAGCGGUGGAGUUACAUUAUAUAAUAUAGAGCAAUUUUACAAUACAACAAAAAGUAUCUCGAGAUACCGGUACCGCAAUACCGGUACCUUGCGGUACAAAAUCGUUUCUGAUCAUUGGAUCUAACGGCGCAAAUCCUACUCAGCUAGAUCUAAUGAUGAAAAAUAAUUUAGUACCUCGAGAUACCUUAAAAUACUUUUUAUUAGACUGGAGUAAAUCUCUAUAAUAUAUGUUCCGUUUAGUUCUCUCUAAGUAAGCAUCUUUAUCCCAUCUAGAACUACCAAUUACAUAGAAAUCUAUCCACCAAGGUUAAAAAUAAUCUUUAUGCCUAUAUUUAUGUACACUUAUGAUUUUGCACGCAACUCUUACAUGUGCCUAUUAUCUUCCAUAUAAAAAUGUUAAAAACAAAAGGUUAAAAUAAAUAUAAAUUACUGUAAUUUAAAUUAAAAGAAAAGAAGCUUCUCAUGGUUCAUGAUUUUUUUUUUAAAAAAACAAAACAAAAAUGAUUCUUGAGCCUAGCUCCUAUAAAACUCCCCUCCUCCCCUUCCCAUUCCUCUAAACCCCCUCCCCCAUUACUCACCAACCCCACCCCCCACACUCACUCUCACACUCUACUCUAGCUAGCUUCUUACUCCAUUAGAGCAAAGCAAAUUAAGCUCAGCUAGCUAGUGAGAGAGACAAGCAAGCAUCCUUCCCUUUCAAUUCUCCAGCUACCAGCAGCUGCUAAGCAAGCUCUCGCCGGCCGGCCUCCAUCUCCAUGAGCGGCGCCUGCGCGUUGUCUCCGUCGAUCUAAGAUAGCUCGAUCUUGUCUCGCCAAGCUUGGCAAGAAAGUUAAACCAGGCUGCAAGAAGAAGAUCUCGAGCGAUGGAGCUGGCGACGAUGCUGACGCUGACGCUGCUGGCGUACGCGGCGGCGAUGCUGGCCCGGCUGCUGGUGGCGCGGGCGCGGCGGCGGCGGUGCUACCUGCUGGACUACGUCUGCUACAAGGGGACGGACGACCGGAAGCUCCCGACGGACCUGUGCGGCGAGAUCAUCCAGCGGAACAAGCUGCUGGGGCUGGAGGAGUACAAGUUCCUCCUCAAGGUCAUCGUCAACUCCGGCAUCGGCGAGGAGACGUACGGGCCGCGCAACAUCAUCGACGGCGGCGAGGCGCGCCCGGACCGCCUCGCCGAGGGGAUGGAGGAGAUGGACGAGACGUUCCACGCCGUGCUCGACGAGCUGUUCGCCCGGGCAGCCGCGCCGGGGGGAGUCGGCGUCCGCCCCGCCGACGUCGACCUCCUCGUCGUCAACGUGUCCAUGUUCUCGCCGGCGCCGUCGCUCUCCGCCCGCAUCGUCAGCCGCUACAACCUCCGGGAGGACGUCAAGGUGUACAACCUCACCGGCAUGGGCUGCAGCGCCACCCUCAUCGCCCUCGACCUCGUCAACAACUUCCUCAGGACGGAGGCGAACAAGGUGGCGGUGGUGAUGACGUCGGAGUCGAUCGCGCCGAACUGGUACGCCGGCAACAAGCGGUCGUUCAUGCUGGGCAACUGCCUCUUCCGCUCCGGCGGCUGCGCCUACUUCCUCACCAACCGCCCGGCCCUCCGCCCCCACGCCAAGCUCCGCCUCCGCCACCUCGUCCGCACCCACACCGGCGCCUCCGACGAGGCCUACAGCUGCGCCCUCCAGAUGGAGGACGACGCCGGCCGCCCGGGCUUCCACCUCGGCAAGGAGCUCCCCCGCGCCGCCGUCACCGCCUUCGUCAAGAACCUCCGCGUCCUCGCCCCGCGCGUCCUCCCGCUCCCGGAGCUCCUCCGCCUCGCCCUCGCCACCCUCUCCGCCCGCCUCGCCCGCAAGAAGCAAUCCGCCUCCCAGCUCACCAUCCGCAUGAAGUCCGGCGUCGACCACUUCUGCGUCCACACCGGCGGCGCCGCCGUCAUCGACGGCGUCGGCAAGGGCCUCACCCUCACCGAGCACGACCUCGAGCCCUCCCGCAUGACGCUCCACCGCUUCGGCAACACCUCCGCCAGCAGCGUCUGGUACGUCCUCGGCUACAUGGAGGCCAAGCGCCGCCUGCGCCCCGGCGACCGCGUCCUCAUGCUCACCUUCGGCGCCGGCUUCAAGUGCAACAGCUGCGUCUGGACCGUCGAGAAGCCCGUCUCCGACGCCGGCGUCUGGGCCGACUGCAUCCACCAUUACCCUCCCAAGGAGCUCUCCAACCCUUUCUUGGACAAGUACGGCUUCGUCAAGGACAUGAUCAACUUGUGAUCGAUCUCCUCGAUCGCCAUGGAUGCAUCCACUAUUCCAAUCCAAUCCAAUUCUUCUCAACAACACCGAUCAACAUGCACGUACCUCAUCACCAAUCAGUCAAUCAAUCAGUUGCAUGCAUUAUAGCAUGCAUGGAUUAAUUAAGUUCAUCGAUCACUCUCCUGGACAAGAAAUAUCGAUCCAUCGGUUAAUAUGUUAAUUAAUUAUUUAUCAUCGCCAUUAGAUUGCUGCUUCUGUUGAUUAAUUAGGGAUGAACAUUAUAUUAUUAUAUCACACGGAGGAAGAAGAAACAAGAAUAAUGAGUUGAACAAAAACAACUAAGGAUAUAAGAAUAUUCAUCGAUAUCAUAGGUACAUAUAGCAGCUUUCUGAUUCUAUUCUUUUCUUUUCAUCAGCAUGGUACGUAGUGGCCUAUAUGUUGCAAGGAGGAUAGGGAUUUUAUUUAUUUAUUUAUUUAUUUAUGUUAUUAUUUUUUUUGUGGUCAAUCUAUAUAUAAUUCUCUGUAUGGUGCUAGCUUCGAGUGUGUCCCAGCUAGCUCGUUGGCCGGUGUUGUGUCUUUCAUUUGUGUUAAAUGGUGAUGGAGUAUUUAUGGAUCA